AUGGGCAGCUACGCUGAGGAGCCAGAAUUCAAAACAAUCAGCGUCCAGAAACUUCACCCUACAUUCGCAGCUGAGGUUGAGGGCGUCAAUUUUCAAAAUUUAUCCGAUGAACAAUUCAACGAGAUCCUCGCCGCAAUGGCGAAGUAUGGUGUUUGCAUCUUCCGCAACACUGGGCUGGACGAUGCCAGUCAUAUUGAAUUCUCCAGACGUAUAGGUGAUCUGGACACUAUGAAACGUUAUAUGGUCGAUGGUCGCAGGCCAAGAUACGGUUUCUACGAAUUGUUCGACGCUGGAAAUAUCGAUGAUCAAGGUGGUGUCCUCGAUCCUAACAGCCCAAGAGCGCACUAUGGCAAGGGAAACGCUCUCUUUCAUGUCGACUCCUCUUUCAACCCCAGGCGAGCAAGUUUUUCUCUACUACGUGCGGUGGAAAUUCCUCCUGCGGGCAAUGGCGGUAACACUGACUUCGCCGACUCACGCACCGCUUGGGACGAGCUUGAUCCAGAAUUUCAAAAGGAACUCCUGGAGAAAGACUAUAUUGUUCAUCACUCAAUCGCCCAGUCUCGCAAACUAGGAUCUCCAGAAUUCUUUAAAGACCUCGAUCCAACCAACAGCGGCGUUAUGGCUCGGCAUCGUCUCAUUCAGGUCCACGAGCCCAGCGGUCGCAGAAAUAUCUACAUUGCGGCACACUCCCAUCACAUAGAAGGCAUUCCCAAGGAAGAAUCCGACACGCUGAUAAAGAAGCUUCUCGACCACGUCACCCAGAAGAAGUACACCAUCAGCGUUGAGUGGAAGAAUCCGUCAGAUAUGAUUAUCUGGGACAACAGGUGCACCCUCCACAGAGCCAACGGAGGAGCCUUUGAAGGCAAGUACAAGCGAGACCUGAGAAGGACGACGGUGCACGACGACAGCAGCACAGCCUGGGGAUUGAACGAGGUAGCAGACACGGACAACUGGGUUGUCAAUCACGAAGCCACUAGAGCAGCUGGACAAACAAAAUAA